AUGUCCUGGCAAGCUUAUGUUGACUCGAGCCUCGUCGGCUCCGGCCACAUCGACAAAGCCGCCAUCGUCAGCGCCGCUGGCGACAGCACUUGGGCCGCGAACCCCGGCUUCACCGUACGUUCU